CCUUAUGAGUAUCAUCGUGAAUAAGUGGGAGCGCAGUCCGUUCUCCUAGACUACUCGACCUUCGACUAGACUAGAGCUGUUCGCAAGCUUUACAAGCUCUUGAGAUCUAGUUUUCUCUACAGUUUUCAUGGCGGCCAACCCGGGCAUCAAUACCGGAUCGCCGGUUGGACAACCUGCAGCACCUUCGUCCUCCAGCCUGCAAACGUCGCCAAAUCUUAGGGAUUACCAGGAUGACUCUAACAAAAGGAAGAAGCCUCCCAGGAAACUGGACAGCGAAAAGUGCCAGCUUUGCAGACAACACAAGUUGAAGUGCCUCCCACAACCUCGGACAUGGCCGCAAAAGUGCGACCGCUGUCUGUCCAAAGGGCUGGAAUGCUCACCUGGAGAAGUUAAGAAAAGAACUCGAAGACAGGUCCCAGGCGACGAAGAGUCCGAAAACAUGAUGCGCGUCCCGGGAGGACAUGGAUCCCAUAGCCAAGGUCACGAUGGCUCUAGUAGUGCUUGGAACUGCGAAGAUCUCUUCUAAACAGCGUAUAUGAGGUCCACCAUCACCAGAGAAACUCUCUGCUGGAUAUUCUCGAUUUCCAAAAGACCCCCUGCCAAAGCCAUGGACCUGGAGCCCAGGCACAGCUCGAUG